AACAAACGUUAAUGCCCAAAGGUUCUUUUUAAAAAGUCGCACGGGUGUAUUAAAAAUGUCCGUUUUUGAAACUGAAGCCAAGAACACAACGACCUGUGACAGCUUUACGAAAGGUGGAUUCCUGACCAGCCGAUCGCUCCUCGGUGUUUCAGAGCUUUCCCGAUCUUUAGAGAGGGCUCGUGGACCCUUAUCAUCUACUGACUGUCGGUCUUGUCAGUCAAGUCUGCAUGCCUCAAAAGCUGGAAAAGAACCAUUUACAUUGUGUAAAUAUAUUUCUGAUAGCAGAAGACCGAGCAAAAACUUAGAGGAAUUGAGGAAAGAACUAGAAAAACAGACAAAAGAAACAAAGAUACUUAAGGAAGAGGUAGAACUUGCUACCAAAUUAACAAUGGACAAAUUCAACUGGAAUUUUAAUGAGGGUAGAAGUUGUAGUCACGAUGAGUUCUCAGCUAGCCCAAAAGACAAGUCAAAAUCAGACCGUUCUUUUACAGCAACCUUCCCAAAUGUGAGAUCUCCCUUUCAUAGCUCAUUAUUUCAGGCUUCUAUCUCAAAAGCCCCUCGUAACAAAUCACCACAGACUACAAAAUAUGACCUAGAUUUGGUUGUCUCCAGAAAGAACAUCCUGUCUCCUGGAUCACCAUGUGUGGAGAAGUCAAUGGACGACUGUGCAAAUGAGAAUGUUCAGCAUCAUGAACAGCCGAAGUUUAAUAUUAGACGGUCUGUGAUAGAUUUGCAGAGUAAAUUACAGGAAUUGCAAGCAGAAAGAGAUAAUCUGAUGGAUCUCAGAUUUAAAGAGAGUCAGGACCAAGGUGAAUUGAUAUGCAAGCUGCACAACACAGUGCAAGACCUUGAAACAGUUAAUCAUAUGCAGGAUGAGACUGUUCGAGAUGCCAAUGUUCAGAUUGAGCAACUGAGGAAAAAGGUACAUGUCUACGAUACUGUGUUAAAUGAAGUCCGUCAAGCACUUAUGCAUUAUGAAGAGCGCACUGGCAAGAAAAUAUAUGAACAUGAAAAUAUCUGCAGCCUUCAUGUCCACAGCAUGGGCACAGCAGUGGAUAAAAUCCUGAGAGACAUGGACGCUAACGUUUCCUACCUAGAAGGAAGACUUGGCCCAAUUGAAGAACAGCUGGAAAGCCUGAAAACUGAAUCUCAAAGCAAAACUGAAGCUUUGCUUAAGCAACAAGAAAACCGAAUAGAGCAGCUGAAUCAUGAACAUGAACAAGAAUUGUCAGCACUAACUGGAAAAGUAAACCGUUCUCGCAGCUUUGCCACAAGUUUCCAGAAUCAAGUGGAGGCCAUACAAGAACAAGCAAGGAAUCAGAGCACGAUGUACUCACGACAGCUUACAGAACUGGAGUCCACAGUCUGCCACCUGCGAACUGAAUUACGGGAAGCGAAAAGGAUAUAUGAGGAGAAGAUAGAGAACUUGGAAAAGCAAGUAGAGCAAUCUCAUUGUGAGGUUUAUAAUUGCAAGAGAGAAAGAGAUGAAUUCAGGCAACAGGUUGAAAGCACGAAUGGCCGAAUCCAACUGUUAAUGGCUGACUAUUGUAAAAUUGAAGAGGACCUUAAAGUGGCAAAAGAGCAAAACCAGAAGCUGUGGGAACGUGGCACAAGUACCAGCAUCUCUGUUGAAAACUUGGAGCAGGAAUUGGAGUGCAAAAAUCAGGAAAUACUGCGGCUGGAUGGUGUGAUAAACUCUCUGAAGGAACAGUACCAGCAUCAAUUGCAAUGUCAGGCAGCAUUAGAGGAGCAAAGAACUGAAGACCAAGAAAAAAGCAAGACCUUAGUCAAACAAUAUGAGAUCUGUAAGGAACAGCUUUAUAAAACUGGACAGGAGAUGAAUCAGAAGAACCAGCAACUUGACAAAACAGAAACAACCAUUUGUCAAUUGAAAGAAUCAAUAAAAGAAAAGGAAAGAUGUUUGGAAAAUGAAGCCAAAGAAAAAAGUAAAUUGCAACAUGAAAUUGAAGAUAAGUGCCAAAAAAUUCAUAGGAUGAAAAUAGCAGAAGAGACCAUUUGCGAUCAGUUUGAAGAAGCUGUUACCCACUUAAAGAAAAUGCAGAGUGAUAAUGAUUCAGUGAAAAUGGAGUUGAAUGAGAAAAACAAGAUGCUUACUAAUCUACGACAAGAAAUGGAAAGCAUUUCUGAAAUGACAUCGCAACAGAGUUGUGCAACUGAGGCACUGCAGCUUGAAAGAAAACAACUUCAGACUGAAGUAGAUUGCCAAAACCAGAAGAUUCAAGAGUUAAAGACUGAAUUGGAACACAAAGAUGCACAAAUGCAAGAGCUAAAGGCACACCUCUCUGAGUUGGAAAAGGAGAAAAUUAAGCUGGUAAAUUCUGCAACUGAACAAAUGUCUGAAUUGAGAGACUUGUUACAGGAAAAGGAUGUACUUUCAACGGAAUUAAAUCUCGUCCAGAACCAAAUGGGUGAUCUGAAAGAGGAGUACAAUAAUUUGCAGAGGAGCUACACUUGCAAAAUGGAAGAAUACGAUUGGGCUAUAAACAAACUUAAAGCUCAGCUGAAAUCAACCCAAAAUGAUCUUGAACAAACCAGAGAAGCAAUGAAAGUACUCGAAGGAGCUGAUACCCAUGCAAUGAAAGUUGCCAUGGGAAUGCAAAAGCAGAUCACUGCCAAGCGUGGACAGAUAGAUGCACUACAAAGCAAGAUCCAGUACCUGGAAGAAGCUUUAGAGAACUCUGAGAGGGAGAAAUGUUACCUAAAAGAAGAGAAGGUUCGCCUAACUAAGGAACUUGCCUGUAUAGUAUCAGAACGAAACAAAAUUGCUGGAGAGCUUGAUACCCUGAAGUCCCAAGAAAAAAGCUUGAAGGAGAAACUGAUUAGAUUGGAGUCCGCACUAGAGAAGGCUUGCCAUAGGUUUUCUGAUUGUCAGUCAGUUAUUCAGCGCCAGGAGCAGGACUUCAUGCGCUUAAAGCUACAGCAUGCCUUGGAAGUAAAGGCAGUGUCCAGGACCAGUGGUCUUCAAGAGGACUUGAACCCUGAACUAAAAAAUAUUCUAAUGGACCUUAAGAGUACAGUCUGUGAUGGGUGCAACAGACCAAGUAGUGUAAAUUACACUGAAUGUGAAGGAGAACAAACAUCAAGGAAUAUGCAUGCUGUGGAUGACUUGAAUACAGACUUCUGUAUGGACAGAGGAACACAAGAUACCUGCUUCAGGGAUCGAAUAAUGUGUACUCAGGAUGUAAAAGAACCCUUCAAUAUUGACCAUUUUACUUGUACUGCAGACCACUCAUUACAGGUAGGUGGUCCAUGUUACACCUCCUCCCCCAGGCAUCAGAGUCCGUCAGAGAGAUCACCUGUAUCUUCCUUGCUAACUGGCUCAUUAUGUGAACACAGAAGGGAAACCUCGGUCUUCGAUGACCUGUGCACUUCAAGGACCAGCUACAUGUCAGCACCAUGUUCAGAAAAUGAACUUCACUUCCAAAGUCACGAUACUGACCAGAUGGAUGUAGCAGGGCAGGCCUGCAAAAAACUGCAGAAUAAACUGGAUGGCCUGCAAAACCUGGUGGAAGAUCUACAGCUCAAGAAUCAUGAAAUGUCUUCCAUGAUCAGAAACCAAGAGAAGAGGAUAAAGAGAGUAAAAGACAGAGAGAAAAUGCUAAAGAAGUGA